UGAUGCAAGUUGAUUUGUAGAUCAGUCAGUUGGCGGUCGUGUUGAUGCUCUCUAAUACGGCCAUUGGCUUGAAUGCAUCAACAGUCUUAGGUCCUUCGAAAUACUACGUAUGCUUUUUGAAACCGGAAGUCUAACCAGACAAAUUGUAUGCAGUUUUACUUUAAGCUGAUUAGCUAUCUGACGUAGAAAGAUGUUGUCAAUAUUUAACUCCAUUCCAACACACAUGGAUUAUAAAGGACAAAAGCUGGCGGAGCAGAUCUUCCAAGGAAUCAUACUUGCCUCAGCGGUGAUCGGAUUCGCUUAUGGCCUCAUCAUUGAACAGUUUGGGUGGACUGUGUACAUAGUGUUAGGAGGUUUUGCUGUGUCUUGUUUGCUGACCCUGCCCCCCUGGCCCAUGUACAGACAGAACCCCCUCUCCUGGCAGCCAGCCCUACCAGAGACUACAGGAGAAACCCUGCAAAAGCCUCAGGAGAAUCUGAAGAAGAAGAAGCACAAGUAGAUCAUGACUGUUUGUACCAGUUUGCCCAAUACACGUUUUGACUUAAAAUAACCAUAUGUCUGUACAAUAAAUCCUUGUUUGAAGGAAGCCUUUGUUACAGGGUAUUAUGCCAAACAGUGGUGGAAUGUCAAUGUACAAUAAACAGAUUUGCUACUGUGGAUACUUUGUAGACUGCACUCAUGUUGUCAUCCCAACUGUUUAAUAAUGCGGAUAUAAGAAUCAUUGUAAUGUAAGGAUAAAUAAAGAACUUUAAAUUA